UCUCAAUUAGUCGAAGACAAAAAAAGCAAAUGAAAAGCAAAAAAUGAAUGGUGUUUUAAUCCGGGGCGGGUCUCGGGGCGGAGUGAGAUUGUAUUUCAAUUCGUUGAUUGAGUGUACUGUUUGGCGGUCAUUUACAUUUGAAUCUCUUCAACUUUUGUGCUCCUCAUCAGCACAGCAUUCACACGGAGGAACCCUAUCUCCGCUAGAAGAAGGAGACGAAAUCAUGAAGAUCAAGAAACCUCUCAAGGAGCUCAAGCUUUCUGUUCCAGCUCAGAAUUCCCCAAUCUCUACUUUCCUGACGGCGAGUGGAACGUUUCAUGAUGGGGAUUUACUUUUGAAUCUGAAAGGGCUCCGAUUGGUUUCUGACGAGAAUGAAUCCCUUCCAUCAGAAGGGAAGGAGAUUGACCUUCAAUUCUCGUUGGAAGAUCUUGAGACCAUCAAAGUCAUAGGCAAGGGAAGCGGUGGUGUCGUUCAACUUGUUCGCCACAAAUGGGUCGGAACAUUAUUUGCCUUGAAGGUUAUCCAAAUGAAUAUACAGGAGGAGAUCCGCAAACAAAUUGUUCAGGAGCUUAAAAUAAAUCAAGCAUCACAAUGCCCAAAUGUUGUAGUUUGCUACCAUUCGUUCUAUCAUAAUGGAGCUAUAUCUCUUGUAUUUGAAUACAUGGAUCGUGGAUCACUGGUUGAUGUAAUCAGACAAGUUAAGACAAUCCUUGAACCUUAUCUUGCUGUUGUUUGCAAACAGGUUUUACAAGGCCUAGUUUAUUUGCAUCACGAAAGACAUGUAAUACAUAGAGACAUAAAGCCUUCGAACCUGCUAGUCAACCACAGAGGGGAAGUAAAAAUAACAGAUUUUGGUGUUAGUGCAAUGCUGGCGAACUCUAUGGGCCAAAGGGACACAUUUGUUGGGACUUACAAUUACAUGGCACCUGAAAGAAUCAGUGGAAGCACCUAUGACUAUAAAAGUGAUAUUUGGAGUCUGGGCAUGGUAAUUCUUGAAUGCGCCAUUGGGCGCUUUCCUUACAUGAAAUCAGAAGAUCAACAAAGUGGACCGGGCUUCUAUGAGCUUUUGCAGGCUAUUGUUGGAAGUCCCCCUCCUUCUGCUCCACCCGAUCAAUUCUCUCCAGAAUUCUGUUCAUUUGUUUCAGCCUGCAUACAGAAGGAUCCCAGAGACAGGCCUUCAUCUUUGGAACUACUGAGCCACCCUUUUAUCAAGAAGUUUGAAGACAAAGAUAUUGAUCUCAGCAUUUUGGUUGGCAGCUUGGAGCCACCAGUGAAUUUUCCAAGAUAAUCAUGUUUCUUAACGGGGGUCCAAGUGUAAGUUCUUCCAUAUACUGUAUCAGCUGUUGUAUGUACUCUAUCUUUACAUAAAACAAACUCAAGCCUCCUACAUAUUUUGUCGUAAACUUGUGAACAUUUUGGGUCAUAUUACUUACUAAUGAUAUGUGUCCGUUAUCAUGUCUCAAGAAUAAACCAAAUUCUCAAGCCGAUACUUCUAUGAGCUAUUGCUUUAUUAAGCUCAUUUUCUGUAUAAUCAGCAGUGGCUCAAGGCAUGUAAUGCUCCAGAGUCUAUAUUAUUUACUUCAGAAAUAGUGUAUAAGGAAAAAAAGAUUAA